AGAUAUGAUAAUGUUCACAACAUAGAAGAGAGUAUAUAUAUAUAUAUAAAUGUUAUAUCGUUUUGGGACAUUUGGAGUACAAUUCAUUAAUUUGGUACAUGUUAUAGACAUAUAGAAUAUGCCUCAGGAGAUAAAGCUAAAAGUUAGGAUGCAGUGUGAAAAAUGCAAGAUUGAGGUAAUGAAGACGGUUACCGAACUAUCCGGUGUUGAUGAGAUAUCUGUGGAUUUAGAGAAGGAGAUUUUAGUUGUUAUCGGCGACGUUGAUCCCGUUUCUGUUGCAACUCGCUUAAGGAAGAAACGAAGGGUUGCUGAAAUUUUAAGUGUUAGAAAAUACAGAAGGAAGGAUAAGGUGUUUGUUAAUCCAAGAGUAUAUUACAACAUUAAUUCUUGUGAAAAUGGAUAUGAACAAGUAUUUAGGUAUCCACCAUCCAAUGGAAGUGGAGGUAAUUGCAACAUUCUUUAGAAUGAUCUUCAUCAAACCUAUGUAUUGUUGCACAAGACAGAACUCUAAACUUAUAUUGUAAUAUAUAGAAUUUCCAUUCAUAAUUUUUCUGUUCU